UUCUCUUGCGCCGCACGGGGGGUUCGGCACUUUGGCUCCUGCUCAGUAGCUCACGCAAUUUCCAGGGGUUUUCCUCUUCCUCUCCUCCUGCUCCCUCCUCUCCAUCUCCGGCAGCCGGCGGGCGACCUCAGCUGUGCGCGCCCUUGGGGGGAAUCGAGGGUGCGGUUCCCGGAAGGAGUCAGCGAAGGGCUGUCCCCGGUUGGGCGGGCGGGCGGGCGCGUGGUGGCGGCGCAUCUUCCCCCAAAUUGAUUCCCGAUGGUCUUCUCCCCCGACAUCGGCCCCCUUCCCCGAUCCGCCAACGCGCCGCGCCGCUGAGGCUGCCCGGAUCGGAUCGUCCGACCUUGCAAUGCCCUCAUGGAUGCUGGGUUCCAAGAGUUUCUCGCUUGAUCGGUUAGUUUUUUCCUGCUGCUGCCAUGGGUGAUCAUCAUCGCGACUCGAUUCUUGGGGCGCCCGGCCACUGCCUGCCCAAGACGUCGUCGAUGAGCAUGACGGACUCCGUCACCGCGGUCCACGACUUCAGGGUGACCGGCUACUCGCUCGUGGACGGCAUGGGCGUCGGCAGGUACGUCAGCUCCAGCACCUUCACCGUCGGCGGCCUCGACUGGGCCGUCAGGUUCUACCCGGAUGGAUCUUCGACCACCUGCCUCGGCAACGCCUCGGCCUUCCUGUACUACUUCAGCCGCGAGAAGGACGUCAGGGCCAGGUUCACCCUGAAUUUGUUGGAGAAAGACGGCAGGCUGUCUCCGGUGACCAACUCCCACAUGAAGCAUACGUUCUCUCCGGCAAGUGACAAUUGGGGGUUCAUCAAAUUCGUCGAGAAAUCCAAGCUUCAAGGGUCACCGUUCGUCGAGAACGACUGCUUGACGAUCAGGUGCUUGCUGACUGUUGUGAAAGAAUCUCGUACUGAAGAUGUUGAGAUGAAUUCAAUCGUAGUUCCACCAUCCAAUCUGCACCUUGAUUUUGGGAACAUGUUGACUGAUGGAGAAGGUGCAGAUGUGACGUUUUCGGUGUGUGGCCAAUUGUUCCGUGCUCAUAGAUGUGUUUUGGCUUUCCGCUCUCCGGUGUUCAGGGCUGAGCUCUUUGGUCCGAUGAAAGAAAACAACGCCACACAGUGCAUCAAGAUCGAUGACAUGGAGCCUCUCAUAUUCGAGGCGCUUCUUCACUUCAUCUACACAGAUACCCUUUCAGAUACCUGCAAAGAUGGCAAAGCUGCAGCUAUGCAACACCUCCUUGUUGCUGCUGAUCGUUAUGGAGUCGACAGGCUAAGAUUGCUAUGUGAAAAGAAGUUAAGCGAUAGUAUUGAUGUUGAAACGGUGGCAACAACCCUAGCUCUAGCCGAGCAACACCACUGCUCUCAGCUGCGGCAAGCUUGCAUCAGAUUCAUGGCCUCGCCAAACAUGCUUGGUCCUGUCAUAGAAACCGAUGGAUUCAAGCAUCUCGUAGCGAGCUGCCCUUUGAUUAUGAAGGAUAUUUUAGGCAAAGUGUCCCUCAUUUGGAGCGACAAGUCUUGUGAGAAGUAGAAUAAGAUGAUACAUUUCGCACUAAACAGCGGUACUGAAUUUUAACCAGGUUCAGGUAACUGCAUUUCUGUGUUUCAGUGUUAUAUCUCUUGUGUAAGCUCUCCAAUGUGUUUUUGUAUAUAUAUACAUUACAUGACUGAAUGGCUCAUUGGUACCAUGGAGAAAGUUUUAAUUUGGAAAAAUAA